CACCGAGGAGGCUUGGCCGAGUGAACCAGGACCUACGAAGAGUGACGAACUGAGCGCGUUCGCAGAAAUCACGAAGCCCAAGAUUGAACCAACGAUAACGAGAGCUUUAGCCAAUGUUACGAUCACCCCACCUAACGUAGAAGCCAUCAUGGAUUGCAACCGGUACAGUACCAAAGAGCAACUUUUACGAGUAACAGCGUUAUUAAAGAUAUUCGGUGACAAAACGAGGAGACAGCCAGUGUCAAUUGAAGUAACUGCGAAUGAACUAAGAGCAGCUGAAAAACUUUGGGUGAAUACCAUACAGGCAAGCAAUUUCGAAGACGAAAGGUCAUAUCUCCAAGGAGUUUCGAAGAAAGAACCGCUGCUCGUAAGACAGUUGGAUUUAUUCUUGGACGAAGAAGGUACGAUUCGAUGCCAAGGUCGAAUAGAUAAAUCAUCAUUACCCAUGACGACAAAGCGGCCAAUACUUCUUCCUGCACGACAUUUCUAUACGCAACUUGUAAUUCGCAACUGUCACGAAGUCGUCCAUCACAACGGUGUCAAAGAAACAUUGAACUGCAUUCGCGAAGUAUAUUGGAUUCCAAGAGGUCGAGAAGCCGUUAAACGUGUAAUUGGAGUAUGUGUUACAUGUAGAAAACACGAAGGGAAGCCAUACGGUACACCAAAGUUCGCCCAGCUACCAUCAUGUAGAGUAAGCGAUGAUCCACCUUUUGCUCACACCGGCAUGGACUUCGCUGGACCACUAUAUUUAACGACCGAAGGUGAAGAUGAUAAAGAACGAAAGUUGCAAAAGGCGUACAUUUGUCUCUAUACCUGCGCGUCAACAAGAGCGUUACACCUUGAACUUGUGCCAAAUUUAUCAGUGUCUACAUUCUUACAAUCAUUUAGAAGAUUCACCGCUCGAAGAGGAUUACCGACAAAGUUACUAUCGGAUAACGCGAAAACGUUUAAAGCGGCUGCAAAAGAAGUCAAGGGAAUUACGAGAUCUAUGGAAGUUCAGCGGUAUUUGGCGAACAAAGGAAUCACGUGGGAGUUCAUCGUGGAAAAGGCACCCUGGCAAGGGGGUUUCUGGGAAAGAAUGGUGAAAUGUGUCAAACGCUGUCUGAAAAAGGCGGUGGGUCGAGCAUCAUUAUCGUUUGAAGAAAUGCGCACAUUAUUGAUUGAGAUUGAAGCUACGCUGAACAAUCGACCUAUGACUUACGUAUACGAUGAUGAAGAAGGCGUGUCUUAUCCGUUAACACCUGCAUCGUUGAUCUAUGGUCGAAACAUCGCUACAACGCCAAACGAUAAGCAAUUCGAAGUGAUCAGUACAAAUCAAUCCCUAACUCGACGGCAGAAGUAUCACAAAAGGCUUUUAAACCAGUUUGCGAAGCAAUGGAGAACGGAGUAUCUCACUAGUUUAAGAGAGUCAUCAAGGUCAAAGGUUUCGUCGGAUGCGGCUCGUAAGCUGGCGAUAGAAGAAGGAGAGAUCGUAGUUUUAAAGAACGACAAGUCAUCACGAUCAUUUUGGAAGGUAGCUAGGGUGGAGGAAUUACUCCCCAGUAAAGACGGUGUUAUUAGAGCGGCAAAGGUACGCGUAGUUAAUCAAGAGAAUGGAAAAUCAACAUGGUUACGAAGACCCAUACAACACCUUGUUCCUCUAGAAAUACGGUCGAGUUGCAAACAGAAGAACGAAACGCACGCGAGGGAUCCUACGACGGAAGAGACGAAAGAGGAUGCCUCUUCAAAGGAACCGCUGAAGGCGAACGCAAGGAGUACAGUUGUUACUAAAUACUUCCUACGAAGUCAGAACAAUCGUAAAGAUACUGUGUGACACAAUAACGUGAUUUAAGUUUAUUAAUAGUUAUAUUAGUACAAACAUUAACCCUCGGGAGUGUAGCGAACGGUUCAGGUUUAUAUUAACAUUAUAAAUGAUAGUAAUGACGUAGAGACAACGCGCCAAUCAGAAGCUAGUGUGGCACGCCCACAACCCGCCUUCUUUUUAGAGUUCACGCCUGCAGACAUGGCGAAAAUAUAACAAAGCUAGCGCCAGUGCCGAACCGGCUGUUUUAUUGUGAUAUGUGGUUAAAUGUUAUUAAAUAUAUAGUAAAAUUGAACGUUGUUUACAUAUAGUGAGGUCUGAAAACCUUUCCAUAUCAGUUUUUAUAUACAGUUUUAUAUUCUUAAUUUGCAGGGAAACAAGUAUCUUGUAAAAUGGAAGGGCUACAGCUCUUUUGAGAAUACCUGGGAACCAGAGGAACACAUAUCUGCGGCUUGUUUAAGGUAUAUACAAUUGAAUAUUUUAAGGUGUGCAAUAUCAGUACUUAAAUGUUUCCCUCUCCCCCUUUUAAUUUUGAAAGAGAACAUAUAUUUUCGUCGCCUUGUUUAUCUUACUUUUUGUGUAUGUAUCGGUGCAAGUGCGAAGCACUGUAGGCUUUCUGUAUAACCCAUACUGCAAUAUAUCCAACCUAAAAAUUCUGAAACACUUUUUAACCAUAUUUAAUACUCUGCAUGCUAGGUAUUUUGAGAAGCCAAAGCCAUUGCAAGAUGUUAUACAAGAUUGUGUUGAUAAUUUAAGAAGAGAAGUUUUGGAUGCCCUCCGACACAAGGGACCGAUGCCGAGAAUUUGUGUGCCGUUUCGCCAUGAUGUUUUUCACUUUUUUUUUGAUGGGCUUGGCAGAGUUGCAGAACAAAAGCAGUGGACAUUAUACAAUGUUAAAGAUUUUGUACGAUGUCAGCUACCCAAUAGCUGGAGUUACUUUUUCAACCGUCUCGGGGAUGGAGUAAAGAUCAGGUUCCCAGUCAAAAUGAGGACUUUUCUAGGUCGCUCUGCAAAGAACGUCACACAGAGUGGCGAACAAAUUCCUCAAUGCUAUGUUGAGAAGCUAACUUUUAAUUUUAUAAAA